AUGGCUCUCAUGCAGGCCCAUCAACAUGCCGCAAAUGCGGACGACUAUCUCGCCCGAGGACUUCUCAUCCCGGCAGCCGAGGAGCAUUACAAGGCCGCAGAAGCGUUCCAGAUAUGUGUCGAGGCUUCUAACGAUGACAAUACAAAACGCACUCUGCGUAUGCUGCACAACGAGCACAUGAAGUCGGGAAAGGACCUCCAGCGGAAAAUAGCCAAGCUUCGCGAAGAGAACAAAGAUCCAUCGCUUCCCCAGAAGCCCACGCGGUCCGCUUCGGGCCAAAAGCCUCAUACCGCCGUCCCACCACCACAACCUGUGCCCUCUCCGCCACCUCCUCCUCAGAGCAAGUUGUCUGACUCCCAACAAACGGUUGAUGAAUCUUUCAUGCUCCUAGGACAGAGGAGUGAUCCUGGUGAUGCGUUUCACCAAUUCUGGAAGGCGACCGAAGGCAUGCUCGACUACCUUUCAAGACCAGUUGCAUUUGCCACGGCUCCUCUUGCUCCUGAAGACCCCACGGCUAAGCUGCGCACGAGGGAGGGCAGUUGGAGCAGUGACAAUGACCUCGACGACCCCAUCUCAAAACGGAUUUCUCGUGGAAUCAGUCUCAUGAAAGCUGCGCAUUCGAAGAUGCUUACUCGCUACGAUUCAUCUCCUUCAACGAUGGAGUCUGAAGCCUCUCCAGGUCCAAGUACAUUCCCGCCUCCGCCUCAACCCUCCCACGCCUUCGAUCUCCGAGACGACUGGGAUGAUGAUAUCCGCGCAUUCGAAGACGACGACAUGGCCGACUCCUUCUGUCUCAUCCCAUCCAAGGCCGACCCGAAUGCGGCGUCUCUGAAGGAGGAAAACGCGGCACUGAAGGCGCAGUUGGAGCAACAGCAGCAAAAGCUAGCGAACAUGGAGCUGGUGUUGAAGGCGCGCCAGGAACAAGACCAGCAGCUACGAGAUAGUAUCAUGAUUGCACGAAAAGAGGCACAUCGCGCGAUGAUAUCGUCGAACAUUCUGCAGCGACCAGCUCAGUCACCCGUGGAUAUCGCUUCGCUCAACAUCAACGUGCCCACACCUCCGGCCGUGCCCGCUCCGGUUGCACCGCGCGACCGGGACCCGCAGCUCGUGCGCCGUGUGCGGGAGCUCGAAGACGAGGUCCGCAGCCUCCGUGUCGAGAACGAGAAGCAGAAGGCAAUGAUCGUCCGGUUCCGCGAGCGGUGGGAGAAGCUGAAGGAGUCGGCAAAGCGGAAGAAAGAAGCCAAGGCCGCUGCGGAUACCACGAACGUGGUCGGGCAGCGCAUCGAGGAGGACCCUGAGGCGGAGGCGGCGGCGGAGCGCGAUGACGCGCACCUGAGCAGGUCGCUUGAAGUGGCGGCUUGA